UUAUCUUAAGUAACACAUGUGUUGGUCGGGUGUGUCGAGACAAACACAGUGCAAGGUAAACACUGCUAAUAGAACGUGGUCCAUGUAGAUAACCAGGGAUCUAUAACUACUGUUCAAUUGUUUUAUCAAUAUUGUAUGAUACAUUUGUGCUCAAUCCCUGUCUAUCCCCUAUGGAGUUUAAAGUCAUGCCUGGCUGACGAGCAAAAUAGUACCGAUCAAAUGAUACGGCCGUAGCCGCGUAUUUCUGCAAUAUGGAUUCAUACACUAGGAAACUAUGUGGAACGGUAGCAUACGUUCAUCGAUUAAAUCUUAGAAAAAAGCGGGAAAUAUAGCAUUUCCACCACAGAUGAUACAUGGUGCUCCGACCCCCUUUAUCUACGGUAAACGCUGUUUUCAUGAUUGUCUGCCAGACAUCGAGUACGGGAAAUGGCAGGAACGCUAACAACCCGAAACCGCGGCGCUGAGCCUGGCGUCGCGGUCAAGUACACGCCGUGUGCUAAGGGCGAUCACACCGACGACGAACUAGAGGAGAUUUCAAUCGUGGAGAAACAGGAACAUGGCGUCGUCAAAGACAACCAUUCAGGAAGGGAUAUUUCUAGUUUUGAUUCCGUUUCUAAUCAUGAUAUGGAUUCCCGAAACCAGACGCCGACUGCAAAUGGCCCACGACAAACUGGAAUCGGAGCAUUCCAAGCCUACCCGUCCCCUAAGACAAGGACCCCUUCGCAUUCUAUAGGAGCCAGACUGAGUUCAUCAGGCGGAAGAAUAAGUCUUUCUUCGCCUGUUUACUCAAGUAAAGUAGUUGAACAAAAAUCUCGGUCAACGUCUCAAAAAAGUCUUUUGGAUCUGUUUGGCACGCGACUGGACAGGGGGAAAGGGAAGAAAAGUUUUUCGUCCAAGGAUGAGAAAUUAUUACUAACGAAAACAAAAUCAAAAGAAAUUCUAACAGCACGACAAAUACGAAAGCAGAGACAAAAAGAUAUCGAGGAAAAGUUUGGAAAGAAAAGCCUAAGAACGAAUGAAAUUCGGGAAUCUAAUUCCGCCGCUAGUGAUAGGGACGGAUGUAACUGGACAUUCGUGUUUGACCCAGCCGGACGCUUCGCCUACUGGUGGUCAUCGGUGGUCAGUGUCGCUUUCCUCUAUAAUUUCUGGGUUAUCAUUUACCGGUUUGCAUUUCAAGAGAUUGAUUCUGAAAAUCACGGGGAAUGGUUUGCCCUUGACUACACAGCCGACUUCCUGUAUAUACUCGACAUCGUAUUCCACUUCCGCACAGGGUACCUGGAAGAUGGCGUAUUACAGACAGACUCUGUCAAACUAAGAAUCCAUUACAUGAACGAUACGAUAUUUUACAUAGAUUUGCUAUGUUUGCUCCCAUUAGAUUUUCUCUACCUUUCAAUAGGUUUUUGCUCAAUUUUGAGAUGUUUUAGAUUAGUAAAAGUAUAUCGCUUUUGGGCAUUCCUAGAUCGAACAGAAAGACAUACGAAUUAUCCAAACGUAAUGCGGACUCUGAUGUUGAUGCAUUAUCUUCUUGCUCUGUUUCACUGGAAUGCUUGUUUGUAUUAUAUUGUUGCUUCACGACUGCAAAAGUCUUCAAGUACGUGGACUUUACCAAAGGAUGAUGGAAAUGUGGCCCGACAAUACCUUCACGCGUUGUACUGGAGUACUUUAACCCUAACGACGAUCGGAAACCUGCCAUAUCCGCACACCAUCAAGGACUAUCUUUUCAUCAUUUUCGAGAUGAUCUUCGGCCUCUUGCUCUUCGCUACUGUUCUUGGUCAUGUUUCAAAUAUCGUCACGUGCAUCAGUGCAGCUCGGAAAGACUUUCAAGCCAAACUUGACGGCGUUAAAACGUACAUGUCUCUCCGACGAGUACCCCUACGACUACAAGACCGGGUGAUUAAAUGGUUUGACUAUCUUUGGUACUGCAAUAAAUCAACAGAUGAAGAAAGAACUCUGUCCCUCCUACCCGAUAAACUCAAGGCAGAAAUCGCUAUCCAUGUCCAUCUAGAUACCUUGAAAAGAGUGGAGGUAUUCCAGAACACAGAGGCAGGAUUUUUAUGUGAACUUGUUUUACGGUUAAAACCAGUAUUAUUCUCUCCAGGGGAUUACAUAUGCAGAAAAGGUGAGGUUGGAAAAGAGAUGUAUAUAGUAAAUAGAGGAAAGCUACAUGUAGUUGGUGACAAUGGCAAAUCAGUGCUAGCAACGUUAAAACCAGGCAGUUAUUUCGGGGAAAUCAGUAUUCUAAAUAUGGGAACUUCCGGCAAUAGACGAACUGCUUCGGUCAGAUCCGUAGGAUAUUCCGAUUUGUUCCGAUUAUCAAAAGAAGAUAUGUGGGAUGUACUUAAGGAAUACCCACAAGCACGUGUAAAAUUGGAAUCUAUUGCUGUGAAAAGACUGGAGAAAACAAAGCAAUCUCCUAUAGAAAAAGCUUCCAUGUCCCGAAGUAAGAGUACACCGGGGCUGGUGGAAUCUGACGGGAAGGUUCCUCUAGAAACUAUGAUUAUUUCUAGGCACCAUACACUUCCGGCCGGACUUCCUGUACCUCAUUCCCAGAAUUCCGAUUACGGUGUGGAGCCUCAAAUGUCCGAGGCCCCGCCAGAGGAUCAGGAACAGAUAGAUGGUGCUGAACAUGAUCCUUCCGCACCCUCUGUGGGAAUUGCCACCGUGGGAACGAUGACUAAAUCAUUGACAAUAUCGAGUAUGACGUCAUAUAACGCGGGAUCCCCGCCUCAACGAUCGCCGCUAUACUCAGAGACAAAAUUCACGAUCAGCCCGCCCCCUUCGCCAGGAUUGGUCACCCAAGCUCAAAAUGUGUCCCGUCGGGGGUCUACGUGUCUCCCGUUUGGACAAGAUGUUUUAUCAAGAGGUUCACCCACACAACUCUCGCCACUCCAUCUCGCAUAUUCACCGUCAUAUCCCGCGAGCCAACACACCCAUCCUAUGAAUUUUUUGUCCCCUUACUGUGCCUCUAACAGUCUCCAUCCGCCGUCCUCUCCAAUGGCGAUGGGGAGGGCGGACAACCUCUCGUCCUCCCAAACAAACCUUGCUUCGCCGCAAACACACUCGGCACACAGUCUAUUUUAUCAACAGCAACCCACAAUGCCAGUCUCUCCUGCUAUGACGUCCAAUAUGGCUUCCGUGAGUCCUGCCUCGUUUUCAUUUGACACGUCACAAGAAGUGCUAUUACUAGAGAUAACAACAUUGCGACAGCGGUUGAUAUCUCUGGAAUCUGAAAAUGCCGCCAUGACAGUUAAGCUAAGUCAGCAACAAUGGAAUGUUGAACAUAGACUUGCGGAACUUGAAAUGCAUUUAUGCCACAGUUCGAGCGUAGCAAGCACAACUAGUCAAGAUGAAAGAACCGAUCGAUUCGACACGGUAAAUCGGGAGUCCAUUAUAUGAAACUGGAAGUGGUAUUAUUGGAGGAAUAUGUCCAUGUCUUCCUGAACGGAAGUAUUGGAUAUGUAUUCAACAUAUCCUGUUUGUCAUUUAGUUCAAGGAUAACGGUCGUACACGUUGUAUGUGUUCAAGUUUCAAGAACAAAAACGGAGAGCAUUCAAAUGAUUCCGGAUUCACGAAAUAAAGUGAAGAUUGGCACCGGAUGUUGUUGACACAAACACCGAUCGGUCGAUACACUAACACGGCCGACACCGACAUGUGAAUUGAAAAAGUUAAGUAUUUAAAGCUUUUCUAGACAAAAUGUUUCUGAGAACGGGAUAAAACGAUACCUGAAUGCGGCUAGUGGUUCAAUCCAAGUAUUACCCAGUCUUCAACGGUUUUGGGCGGGUAGCAAUUAAAUAGUUCACUGUUUAAGAUCGCGUUCACAUUUCAAGGUGUGUGAUUGAUGCACGGCUUGGAAGCGAUUUUCAAAGCUAUAGCAGUUUGAUAAAAACGGAUACGUGUGUAAAUGUAACGGAGCGGUAAUCAGUGAGCGAUGAUGUCGCGUGAAAACAGUAGUGAUAUUUUGUGCCAAUUAUAAAUUUUGAAUGAGUUGGAAACGAGGCUUAAAGGUCACAGUGACUUGGAUGGAUUAUUCAAGAGGCAUGAGCUUCAAUAUCAUUGUGUAAGGCCGUUCUAUCACGGAAAGAGUCUCCCGCGCGCGUGUAAUUCCCUACUUUAUCAUUGAUGUCAAAACAGACUAUCUAUGGAUGUUAAUACUAGUGAAUAUGUUUUUUACCAACUGACGCAUAUACAAAAUAUAUUACUUUUUUACCCAGUUUUCCUUGCCAAAUACACGAGGGCAUAUUUAUGAGUGAGUAAGUUUA